CUCUUAGGGUCAAACCAGCAAAUAAACCAUAAACCAAAUCUCAACCUAAGCCAGGCGAAAAUGUCGAAGAUCAACGUCGUUGUAUUUGUGGCCAUGUCCGUGCUCCUGCUCGCAGUACAGGCUCGUCCCUCCGAUUCCCCGGAUGCCCAUGCCGAGAUCCGGAGCUUUGUCAACGAGCUGAAGCAGGGGGAUGGCAGCUACAACUACCAGUUCGAGACAUCCAACGGCAUUGCCCAGCAGGAGCAGGGAGUGGGUGGCUACUAUGCCAGCGGCUCAUCGCAGUACUACACACCCGAGGGCCAGCUCAUCCAGUUGACCUACACGGCCGAUGAGAACGGAUUCCAGCCGCAGGGCGAACACCUGCCCACACCGCAUCCCAUUCCCGAGGCCAUCCUCAAGUCGCUGGAGUACAAUCGCAACCACCCGGAGGAGGAUGGCGAGUAUGAGCACCAUCAUGACCACCAUCAUGGUCAGGAGCAGGGUGCGCAGUAUCUGCAGCCAGCUGGAGCUCUGCUCGCACCUGCCUCGUCGCCAGUGGUGUCCGUGGGUCAGGUCCUGCCCUACGACAGGAAGGUAUAAGGCGGCACCAUCUACUGCAUCCGCUUCCAUCUCGUCCAGCUGCCCAUGUUGUUUUCGCCUGUCUGUUUGCAUAGUCAGUACAUCCAGAACAUCAUAGCAUAUAUGGCAUCCAGCAUAUAUGGUGGUGCCCAUCAAACAGCAGAAAGAACAUCGGAGCAACUACAUCUGGACGCGGUGGCACACCCACUCGCAUACCCACACGCACACGCACACACACACACACACUGUAUAUAUAUAUUUCCAUCAACAUGCUCCCGGGCUGCUCAAAGGUCCUUCGUCCUGUGAGCCGUGCUCCUCCAUUCCGUGUCCGUUGGCGGCUCGACUGACGUUGACAUUUAUUGCCAGAGAUAAUAAUAAUGUAAUAAAAGAAAAAUACA